CCAACUUUUAUCAGGAGAGAGAAUGUACUUCACUCCAAGUAUAUUGGUUUCCCGAGACAUCAGUAUGAUUUGGUCCUGUCUCGAAGAAUUGCCUCAUCGGUUUAUACAGUCAUCUGUAUGAAAGACUUGAUCUUGACUUGACUUUUUAUUCUUACUCACUCGUCUGUAACUCAGCCUUACUUACGACUGUUUUUGAGAAACUUUGUUUGAGAAACUUCGUCACACAAGGUUUGGACUUUGAGAGAGAAUUUAUGAACUUGUGAACUCGUGAACUCGUGGAUCGGAUUUUGAGUAGAUUAUUUAUUGAUGCUAUUUGUUGCGAAGAGGGAUACAGAUACAGAAUACAGAUAAAUGCGAGAAUAUCUGCGGAUUUUGAGAUCGGAGACUGGAACUCGAUAACUUGAUACUUGAUAAGGGAACAGAGUGCGAUAGUGAGAGAGUGAUAAUGGUUGGUGUUAAGGACAAGAUAGCUAGUUUAAUUCUGGGCAAGAAAAAGAGUGUGGAUGAACCAGAGCCGAAGCCAGAAAUUGAGGAUGAGUAUGAACAGAGACCGAGAAGGGAACGAAGAAAACAUCGCAGGAGUAGGAGAAAUCGGGACAAGCGUUCGAGGGAUGGAGAUGAUGGGGAGCGCGAUGCUGGAUAUGGAUCGACUUCUCCUCACAGACAUCGACAUCGAGAUAGCAAAGAUCGCGAAGAUGACGAAAAUCCUCGAAGACAUCAUUCCGUCAAAUUAAGUACCUCGACCUCCCGUUCACCACAUACAGAUCAGCGACAUUGCGCAGAGGAUGAAUCUCAUUCUGCUUCGCCGAAAAGACAUCCUUCGAUCAAGCCAAAUACUUCUACCUCUCGUUCGCCCCAUCAUGCAAGACCUAGUACAGGCAGAUCAUCGAAAUAUACAGAAGAAGGUGUAAGAGCGCCAAAGGUUAAACCAUCCAUGGAAUGGCCACCUGUUGGUCUCUCGCACGAUGAUGAAUUGUCACAAGGGAAAGCGAUGCAAUUGAUUGCUACUGGAGUACCGGUUUUCAAAGGAACGAUGGAAUCGAUCCCACAUGCUUCGGAUGAAUACUUUGCGCUAUAUGCGACUUGUCAUGGAAAUGGAGGAGCCGGAACUGAUCGUGCGGAGAUAUUUAGUAGGGCAUUUCUGGCGGAUUCUAUGCGAUUACAAGGACCUGGUGAAGCAAAUCGACCAUGGGAGACUCUUGAACAACCAAGUAUGGCUUUUGCUUAUGGCACAUUGAGAGGCACGAUUACCUUGAAUCACUGGUGUAGCAUUAAUGGUAUUCCUCAUGCCCCUAUAGAGCUUCGGGACCCGGGUGUUCAAACUUUGAGAGAUGUGGAUUUGCAAAUUAUAUUGGAUCGAUUGAUAUAUUUGGAAGGUGGAAUCGAUGAUGAAAAUGAGGAUAUGCUAUAUAAGAGUUUAUACAAAAUUUUACUCAAGGACCUCGACAAAUCAUUCAUCGCUAAAAAGGGAAUGGAGAAACAAAUUGCGGAUUUGAUAAUUGCGUUAUCGCGACGUGAAUGGAUAGAUUUUAGUCAGCCUAAGAAUCAUGUUGUGGCUAAAUUCUUUGUUGAUGGGGCAUAUUCUGAUCAUGGAAGAUAUCGAGCCUUUUUUCAUCAAUUGUUGUUGAGCAUGGAAUUGGAACUGAGGAUUCAAUCGAAGCAUCACUCGGAAGAAGCGAAGGAGAGGUUGUUAGCACAAUUACCACCGUGGAUCUCUUGGGAUCUGGCUGUUGCGAAGAAGUGGAGAGAAUGUAUGACUAUUGAGAAGUAUAAAACUACCGAUGAGCUUCAGCAGAGUAAGUUUUCACAUAUUAUAAGUGCUACAGGAGUAAUAGAAGCUGAUAUCAAAAUAGUUAAGUUUCGACUUCUCAAAAAGAGAUCACAAGUCAAAGCUCUACGCAAAUUUGCAAGAGCUAUGAAAUGGCCUAAUUUACUCAUGGUAGAUGAAUCUCUAAAAGAGCUAGAUCCAGAUGCUUCACCUCUCGAAGAUCGUUCUGCAGAUGCUAUGUCUUAUUGCACCGGCUUAAUCUUACCAGGACCAACUCAACCAUGGCUUCUCAUGAAUACUUUAAUUGACUGCGAUGAAGAUGGCGGUGCUGAUCUUGGUGGCCUCACACAUAUGCAUCCCAAUUCUGGCUUUCAGUAUAGAGGCAGUACGUAUUGGGCAUCUACUUGUAUCGUUGGUAAAGUUCUCGCUCCUACUUGUCAAGAGAUUGCAGGUUGGAUUGGUCCGACUCUCGCUUCUAUAGAUAUCGAACGCACUCAAGUAUUGCGAAUUCGUCAACGUAUGUCUCCUCAAACCAUCACUAAAACCGACGUCUUAAGCAUGAGAGUUCGAUCUGAUCCUCUUGGUCCUCCCGAUCCAAACGAUCCCGUUUAUCCCGUUAGCGAAUUUGUAUUCCCCAAGCUCGACUUGGAAUCUCCACCCAUAGAUAAUAUCCGUAUUGAAAAAUUAGCAUUCGACGUAGCGAAACCAAACCAGCAGCUUGAUGGUGGCUCCCCAAAGAGAAGUAGCGAGAUGGGAAAGAGACCACCUACUUAUGAUGCGUGUGUGGUUUUUGCUAGGAGAGGACAAUCGCACUGGUUGAGAUUAGCUCAUGAUGUUUCCUUCAUCACGGCGUAUCCUUGUUCUCAUGGUCCACAUGUUCUCUUCUUCGACUACGUCUAUAAAGUCGCGCGCAUGAAUCAAUUACUCGAUAUACAUAACUGGGCCGGAGUCGGCGGCGCCAAUCUAAACGAAGAUUUACAAUUGGGUUGGGCGCCGCAACCGGAGGAACUAGGUAUUCGGGGUUCAUGGGAAGAAGGUUAUGAUAUGAAGGGGGCACAAUGGAAAUUUAAUCAACUUAUGGAGGGAGUAGAUAAAGAUACGGUGUUGGUGAUUGAGGCGUGGGGUGUGGAGGAUAAUGAGUGUAUGGCUAGGGCCUGGUGUAGUCACUGGGGAUUGAACGCUGUGGUGGCGGUGGUGGGGAAGAGUUGUUUGGCUUGUGCGGUUAGGGAGGCGUAUGCGGCGGCGGUUAAUGUGGUUAUUUUGUGGGGAUGGUGGUGGGGAGGGUAGAGAGGGGGUUAGGGGUUGAUUUGGAAUGUAAUUCUGUAUUUGGGGUAGCAAUGGGAUUGGUUGGGGGAGGGUGGUUAGUAUGGAUGCGGUAUGGGCAAUGCGAGAUGGGAGGUGUGAAGGAUAGAAUAUUGGGUUACAAGCUGUAUCAUACAUAAUCUUACAUUGAGGAGUUUGCGUUGGGAUAAUGGGAUGGGGUGGAUGGGAUGGAUGGGCCCGGAUAGGAGUGGAUUUUUUAUUAAAUACCUAUGAUGUGUUUGGGCAUCUAGUAGGUGUAAUCGGUUUUGGUGGAGCAAUAUACCAGUAAUUUUUUCGUUAU